AUGUCCGUGAAGUGGCAGAGAUUACGCCUCUCGAAUCUAGGGGAAAUACCUCCUCUUCUUUUCAAAUAUUCCUCAACAUCAAAGGGCUACGAGCUGUACAUAACCGAUCUUACCAACAUCUGGUCUGAGCAUCUGAACCGCCAAGACAUCCUGAGAAGAGCUGAUGAAAAUGACACCACAAUCGAUCCGAGCGAGGACACGGAACAAUUUGAAGUACUCCUGCAAAAGAUAGAAGAUGCACUGCAUAGCCAGCCGGGAAGCACUCUAACCCUGAAUCAUAGCUCAGGAGACUCGCUGGAGUUGACUACAUCUACCCAACUGCCGGCUCCACUUCAACCUUUGACGUGGGCUGCACAUCUCAUCAAGGAGCCACAGUCUGCUGCUACCGAUCAAUUACUUCUUCCCCUCAUAAAGGCGGAAGCUGACUGGGAGUCGCACCAGCGAUCCUUCAUAGACCAGCUGCAUAGGAAAGACUGGAUUCUCGCCAAGCUCUUCGAUAAGAUCGAAGCUGUGGGCAUUGACUUGAGUACUAUAUUUCCUGGUAUCUCUGGCUUACGGACGGGUCAGAAGGGAACAACGCUGGCGCAGGCCGCCAAACAUAUAAAAGGUGUUGCGCCUUUCGAUGAAAAAGCCUGGCUUGAGGAAGUCAGUGCGUCAGCCUCUGCAUCGGGGCUUGCCGCCAAUAUUCUGGCGGAGGCUUCCACUCCUAGCGGCCCAAAUCGAUCAAGAGGUCUUGAACCACCACCAGACAUGUGGUGGGAGAAACUUACUGUAUCCAAGACUACCCCGGCCCCUAUACGAGAAGAGAGCGAACCAAAAAAAGGAUGCGAGCCUCCUAAAGAUGUGCUGGAGGCUGAUACUGACACGGCUACUGAAACUGAGGAUGACGAGUUUGAACGGCAGGAAACACCCCCAAGAUUGAAGCAACCCAAGAGCGGCGAGAAAAAGCCCAUCAACCCUAGGCAGGAUGAAGACCUUGGAAAAAUCCCUCUAAAGGAACCAUCGCCUCCGCAAAGGCAGAAAAGUUCUGCAAACCUAUCAAAAAGCCUGGGGGUCAUCGGUGGGAAAAAACAAACAAAAGCGCCCCAGCCCUCACCUCCAGCAGCCCCGUCUACGCUCGCACCACAAAUACUUGAUGACCAGACAGAUUCAGAGUCUGAUCAUGAAAAUGUGGCUUUAGCAUCAACGUCACCAAUGAAGCCUAAACCAGAGUUAUCAGAGAAAGCGCAGAGUAAGCUGCGGGGAUUAGGAGUCAUCGGCGGUAAAAAGAAACUUCGGCAGGCCGCCCCAAGUGAGCCUCAAUCUCCAUCGUUGAUAGAAUCUCCAAGUACAACACACCAGCCACUUCCCGCAACAUCUCCUUCGAUAGAGACUAGAACAAAGAGAGUCGGUAAACUCGGUGUUAUCGGAGGCAAAUCCUCUAAAACCGAUGCGACCACUACUUUGAUGCGUCAAGCAGAGGAGAGCAACGAUAAUUUAUCUAGGGAGAUAGCGAAACACAGUUCUGAGCCACCAAAAUCUCCAUCGGCUGAACGUCGACAGCCAAAGACAACUGAACAGUCAGAGAGAGAGGAAUGCCAAGAAAGAGCGGAUAGGAAGCGCGAAGAGUUGAAGAGACAGCUGGAGGCGAAGAGCAAAGCCCCAGCUAAGAAGAAGCGGAAAUUCUGA